AUGGCAAAGCCGGUCGCGCGCUGGAGGCGCUCCGGGCCACGGGACAGUGUUGGGCCUGAAGGGAGCCCUCCCCCUGGUUCUUCAACUCCCUCGGAGCAUCAGGCGCCCAACUUGCCGCGAACAUUCUCCUCUUUCCGUAUGCAGGGCAUGGUGCCCGCCUCCAGUGAGUCUGGGACGUUCCCUGCUAGGGAUGAUGGCCUCCAGCGGGCUCCCUCCGGUGGGGCCCCUUCGGGCUUUUCUUCGCAGUCGCCGUCUUCUGUAGGUGGCCCAGGGGAAACGCCCAGAUUUAGUCUUGGGGGUUCAGACGGGGCCCGAGGUAACUUUGGACCCCCAGUGAGCCAGGGGUCCACAGGGAGUGACCCCCAGUCUGCUACCACUUUGCUGUUCGGAAAUAGAGGCGUUGAGGCCUUCAAUAAACUCACGCUGGACGACGAAUAUAUCCUCUGCAGAUCCGCAGCACUGAAGGAGUCGCGUAACUUGUUACCCUGGAUGCAAGGUCGCGAAUUCCGUGCCUCCGGUAUCGGUCGGUCCAAAAAGGACGCAAAGAAAGAGGCAGUGAAAGUCCUCCUCGUGCAAUUGGGGCCUGUGACUCCGCAGGAGUAUGAGCAAGUUACUCGCGUGAUUUUCAACACCCUCAGGGGAAAGCUAAAUGCAAAGCAAAGGGCAAUUCCCGUCUCCAGAAUGAAGCACAGCUUCGAGUGGAACUUUUUACUCGAUGGAGAGACCACUGUCGUGGAGUCUACAGGGAGUGGUUCCUUCCCAGUUGAGGCGGAGAUCAACGCCAUGCAAGACAUGUACAUAAAAGUCCAGGAGUUGAAGGACAAGGGUUUGAUACGCCGCGCGGCUUUGAACGCUGAGGCGUCAAGGAACAGAAAGCAGCAGCCGCAAGAGCAUCGGAGUCAGAUCACGAGACCGUCGCAGCUCUCUAAGCACACGGCAGGGGAAAUAAACAUGUUGCACAAUACGGUCACCUCCCAGAACCAAAUCAAGGCCACGGAAACGAUCACGGAGGUCCCGGAAGGCCACCGAUGUGCUCUGGAGUGGAAGUGGAAAUCGAUCGAGGGGCGAAUGCACUCUCAUGUUAUCGUUGCCAUCGGUUCCACAAAGGCGGGUGCCCGAGCUCAAGCAGCCAUGCAAAUGAUGCAAGCGGCUGGCUUCAUAGAGCAUGUGGAAGACAAAGACAGGCAGGCAGCCCUCAUGGUCGUUAACCAGGUGGAGAGCAAAAAGGACCCAUCUGUGUACGUAGAGAGUGCUUGCCGCCUUAUAGCCGAGACGCGGGGAGCGGUCUGGCGCCUGUUUCUUCCUGUCGUUUGGCGAGCUGCAAUGGCUGAAGGCAACCGUUCGCUCGUGAAUUCCCUCAUCGAUCAGCUCAAGCUGCAGGCUGCCCCUCGUCCCGCCGCUGCAGAACAAGCUCGAGGGGAAGCGCAAAGCAGCCCCGAGUCGCAAGAGACUGUCAAGGCAUCUUACGACGCACCGAAAGUGAUGCCUCCGGAUCUCUGGGAGCAGCUCCUUGACGAGUGUACAGUCCUGACAAACUGCGAGUUUGGCCAGUCUGUGCUCCACGAGCUUGGAGGCCUGUCUCUCGACAGCAGCUGGUUUCCUUCAACACUGGCGAUGCGCUAUUUCCACAACUACAGGCACGUGCUAUUACACAAAAGAAGCAGGGCGUACCGGGCCCAGAGGCUAAGCUCACACGUUGCCACAAAUCCUGGCCAUCCACCGUGUCCAUUCAUGCUGAAAUGCCCGAAGUAUUGGUUGUUCUCGCAUGGCAGCGCGAGUUGUGCGCCCCUCCAUGAGGAGGAGAGGAUGUUUCUUAGGAGUGUACAAUUCCGGGAAGAUGACAUCGUUCUCCUCAGGCCGUCUGACUCACAUGCGUUUACUGAAGAAGAGUCAUGGCAACGAUGCUUUGUAGGCGUGGUGACGAGUGUAAAGGGGGACUUUUCAGAGUCGAUGAACGUGAACGUUCGUGUCGCCACAGCUGAAGUCAAGAAGUAUCCGGAGGUCUUCAGUGAGACUUUCAUUUGCAUCUGCCUUUAG